AAAUGCCUUCAAAUUUUACUGGACACUUUCCAGUGACCCAUUUCUGGAACCCAGUCACUACUCAGUUCAAUUGUAGAAGCCAAAGCAAAACAAAUGGAAUUAUUAAGCACAGCAUGGAAUUGCAGAGCCUCUGCUAUUUCAUUUGCACCACUCAUCACUCCCAAUAGUUGCAAUACCUCUCACUUCCAACACCCUUCUUUCCCACCUCAAAGGCUUUCUUUCCCAUUUUGCCCGUACCCAUUUCGCUUUGUUCCCAACAAGUCCCUAACACUGCAGGCUCGCAAGCGAAACUCAGAGCCUGAGCAGCAGCCACUUGUCAGCCCAACCAUGUCCAACACUGCUGGCAAGGUGAUCAAGUGCAGAGCUGCGGUCGCCUGGGAAGCUGGGAAGCCGCUGGUUAUUGAGGAAGUGGAGGUGGCACCACCACAGAAACAUGAAGUACGCUUGAAGAUCCUCUAUACCGCUCUGUGCCACACUGAUGUAUACUUCUGGGAAGCAAAGGGACAAAAUCCACUGUUCCCUCGGAUUUUUGGUCAUGAAGCUGGAGGAAUCGUGGAAAGCGUAGGUGAGGGUGUAACUGAACUCCAACCGGGAGACCAUGUCCUCCCAGUGUUCACCGGAGAAUGCAAGGAGUGCGCACAUUGUAAGUCAGAGGAAAGCAACUUGUGUGAUCUCCUAAGGAUUAAUACCGACAGGGGUACUAUGCUCAAUGACGGCCAGACCAGGUUUUCCAAGGAUGGAAAGCCAAUUUAUCACUUUGUUGGUACCUCUACAUUCAGUGAAUACACUGUUUCACAUGUUGGUUCCGUUGCGAAGAUCAACCCUGCAGCGCCUCUUGACAAAGUUUGUGUUCUUAGUUGCGGAAUUUGUACAGGUUUUGGUGCAACUGUAAAUGUUGCAAAGCCAAAAAAGGGUUCAUCUGUUGCCAUUUUCGGAUUGGGUGCUGUUGGUCUUGCUGCUGCGGAAGGUGCAAGGGUUUCUGGGGCUUCAAGGAUCAUUGGAGUUGAUCUGAACUCCAACCGAUUUGAGGAAGCCAAGAAGUUUGGGGUGAAUGAAUUUGUGAAUCCAAAAGAUCAUAACAAACCUGUUCAGGAGGUGAUAGCUGAGAUGACCAAUGGUGGAGUUGAUAGGAGUGUUGAGUGCACUGGAAGCAUCCAGGCUAUGAUCUCUGCCUUUGAAUGUGUUCAUGAUGGUUGGGGGGUUGCUGUACUUGUUGGAGUGCCAAACAAAGACGAUGCAUUCAAAACCCAUCCGAUAAACUUCUUGAAUGAGAGGACUCUGAAGGGUACUUUCUAUGGUAACUACAAGCCCCGCACUGAUCUACCUGGUGUUGUGGAGAAGUACAUGAACAAGGAGAUGGAAUUGGACAAAUUUAUCACUCACUCUGUUUCUUUCUCUGAGAUCAACAAGGCAUUUGAGUACAUGCUGGCAGGAGAGGGAAUCCGGUGCAUCAUCCGCAUGGAGCAUUAGAGCCGUUUUACUAUACUUGUUUUUAUGUUAAUCGAAAGAGUUUGUGUGUGUGUGGUCCUUCUAGUGAGGGAUCCUUUUUUUUGGUCUUUUAUAGGGAUAGGGCAUUAGACUAACUUUUCAAUCAUAUUUAGGCAUCUCAACCGUUCAGUAUUUAGGUCCUAAUGUAUAGAUCAUUCCUGUAAAGUUUCAACCAAAUCGGUGAUCGUUAAGGUAUCAAACUAGAUUAAAUCA